AUGGCAGAUUUACUUCCGAAAACGCAUCAAGAUUUUGCAUUGACAGAUUACUGGGAUAGUUUCUAUAAAAAGCGCGAUCAAAAAUCCUUCGAAUAUUAUGGUGAAUAUAGUGAUCAUUGCGUCUUACUUCAUAAAUAUUGCCGAAAACAAGAUAAGAUAUUACAUGUUGGCUGCGGUAAUUCGCGUCUAAGUGAAGAUCUAUAUGAUGCCGGCUUUCAUGAUAUUCUUAAUAUUGAUACGUCGGAUGUUGUAAUACGUCAAAUGACGGAUCGAAAUCAUCAUAAACGCCCACAAUUAAUCUUUCAAAAGUUAGACAUUAAAGAUACACAUUUCGAUGAUGGUUACUUCAAUGUCAUUUUGGACAAAGGAACUCUAGAUGCUAUGACUGCGGAUGAGCAUGGACUUGAUCAACAAAGUAUCAAUGCCAUGUUUACCGAAAUUCACAGGAUUACUCGCGUAUAUGGUCGAUACAUUUGUAUAUCGUUAUGUCAAGAGCGUUCACUAAAGGCAAUCGUGGAAUGGUUUAACUCUUCCAAACAAUGGAUGAUUCGAAUCCAUAAGGUACAAACUGCUGAUAUGACAACUGAAAAGAGUCAAGGAUUGCAGCUACAGGUUUUUGCAUUAGUCUUAACAAAAAUGAUGCCUCCAAAGGAAAAUAUGCCAGCUAUCAAACCGGUAUUGCGCAUUGGAGAAGAAUUUCAAAUUGAAUUGUGGGGUAAAGAUAGCACCAGCAAUCCUCGGUAUAGUUUAACCUUGGUCGAUAGUCCACGUGCUAAUAGCAAGAGCGGUAAAUUCGCUGUAUUUAUUGUGCCAGAAGGAAGAGAGACGGAGUGGAUGUUUUCAACAUGCGCUGGUCGAAGUCAGUUAGCUGCAGAUGCUGGUUUUGAGCGAUUGGUGGUCGUUCAUUUGCAGCGUGGGCAUCAAUAUAAAGACAUGCAGACGAUUCAGGAUGAGCUCUCAGCAAAAGUUCUGGAACUUAAACCUGAUGGGCUGUCCCAUAAGCAUCAAAUUCCAUACUUAUCAGUAGGUGACAAUCUUGGAAAUCGGACAGUCAUCUGUGAAGGAAAAUCUGAACUGAGUGGAGAAUACAUUAUAGAAGACGUUAUUGUUGAUAAUCAAAAAUUUAGGAGACUUCUAUUUUUAAGUAAUAAAAAUGUUGUCCAGUCGGAGGGCCUACUAAGAACAGUAAAAAAGAAAAAGAAAAAGGGGAAAAGUAAUUCCAGUAGUACUCGAGAAGAAAUUAAUCACUUAUAUCUCGCUUGUAAUCAUCAUGCAGUUAUUGUUAGCGGGCUAUCGCUAAUGGAGCAGUUGAUUGACAGUCUUGAUACCGGAUUUAAUGUAUUGUUAAUUGGCUUGGGUGGUGGAAACCUGCCUAUGUUCAUGCAUAAAUUGUUACCGCAGAUAUCUGUGGAUUGUGUAGACAUUGAUGAGGCUAUUGUCGAUGUCGCAGUUAAAUGGUUUAACUUCAAAGCUGACGAUAGAUUAAAUGCCCAUGUUGAUGAUGGUCUUCAAUUCAUAGAUCGUUAUGCACGUGGAAAAAGAUACGCUAUUGUAAUUUUUGAUGUCAAUUCCGGAGAUAAUACUACUGGCAUGAGUUGUCCCCCAAAACAGUUCACAACUUUAGACUUGCUUCAGAAUGUAGCUAAUAUGUUAUCAAAGAACGGCAUUUUCAUGUUAAACUUGGUAUGCAGAGAUAGUGAUCUUAGAGCUGAAGUGAUCGGCAAUGUAAAAUCAGCGUUUAAGUACCUUUUUUCAGUUAAAAUCGAGCAACAGGUGAAUGAAAUCAUAUUCGCAAUGAAUUCUCUAGAAAAUCCUAUUUUUAUUGAAAAAAUUAAAGAUAAGAGAAAAGUGAGUGCACAUCGUAGGAUAAAUGGUGGGAUAGUUUAUACACGAAAUUUUACGAGAUUAACAACUAUCACAAAUUAA